AUGAUGGCAUCGACUGAAGAGUCCGGCGAUUCAAAUAAGUGUCACUUCUUCGUGAAGAAGAGCCGAUCCAACCGUCAGAUGCGACAGAAUGUGAGACACGACUCGUCUUCGGGCGAAGAGGAGGACACGGAGUCUGCGGUUGUGGUGAAUACGAGCCGUCGGGCGGACAGAAACCCAUUGAUUCAGUCGACCGUUUCGUUCAAUAAACUCAAGAAACGGAAAGUGGUUUCGGAGACCAACGACGACAAGGACUCCAACGACGACUCCUUAACCGUCACCUAUCGGUCCAACAGAAGCGCCCAAAGAGAUGGCCCGCAAGACAUGGGCGCCACUGCGGGCGUCCAGACAGAGACCGAGAAGUCGAUGGACGCGCAGAGCAUCUUCGAGCGGGCGAUGGAAGUGAACAAAACACUGAAAGGCAAAGAAGACGAUCGCAUCUACAGAGGACUCAAUAAUUCGGUUCAAUACAAGACGAAGAAAGACACGCCUCAGGGGAACGCCUCGUCCGGACACAACCGCAACGGACCCGUCAGAGCGCCAGAGAAUAUCCGCUCAACG